CGGCCCGGCCGUCCGGGCUUGGCCUUUGUAGACCAAAUAGGAGCUGAAACCCUAGUACUCACCUUUUAAUCCCACUCGCCGAGCCGCACACUCGCGGCCUCCUCUAGCUCUGCACGCUGAUCAACCUCUGCAUCAGGAUCGAGAGCAAUGGCGCCGAAGAAGGAGAAAGCCCCGCCGCCGUCUUCGAAGCCGGCCAAAUCUGGGGGAGGCAAGCAGAAGAAGAAGAAGUGGAGCAAGGGAAAGCAGAAGGAGAAGGUGAACAAUGCGGUUCUCUUUGACCAAGCGAACUACGAUAAGAUGCUCUCCGAAGUUCCCAAAUACAAGCAGAUCACCCCUUCGGUGCUGUCUGAGAGAUUGCGGAUUAAUGGUUCGCUUGCAAGGAGGGCAAUAAAGGAUCUGAUGGCAAGGGGAGCUAUCAGGAUGGUAUCUGCUCACUCAAGCCAACAAAUCUACACUAGAGCCACCAAUACUUGACAAGUCUCUCAUUGUAGUUCACUAGGAACUGAAACAUGUUUUCGUUUAUCAUCAGAUGUUAUUUUCAUGCUGCUGUUCUGGAGUGAAACUCAUCCUACAUGUGGUUAUUUUCCAAAAGUUUAACUAGAGCCACCAAUACUAAAGACAAAAGUCUGUCUGAAGUAUUUUUAUA